CCCCGUGUUUCGCGUGGCCAGCUCUCUUUGUCCGGAACUCAGCGGCGUGCUCGCGCAGUCCUGACUCUGUACUGAGAUCUCGCCGCGCGCACAAGCGACUCCUCGAUUUGCACUCUGCGUCCCGACUGCACACCAGCGCGAGAGGGGAAAACUUUCUUAAAACUUUUUUUAAUCGCAAUUUUCUCGCUUCUCCUCCUACAGAGCAAACUGCUUCGCGGAUCUCUUCAACCGAAGAAACUGGUUAAGAAGUGCCUUACCUUUACAACACUGAACAUGUGUGCGCGUGCAUAGAGCUGGACGCAGCGCAGAUUUGCUUUUGUUUUUCGUUAAAAAAAAGUCGCAACGAAGAGCGCAAAGUCUUGAGUACUUUACUGUUUGUUGUUGCUUUUGGACUCUUUUUAUUUGUUACACUCUGCGGGAUCGUUUCGCUCGGUGUUCUUCAGAGGCCCGGCUUUUAUUGCUCAAGAAAAGACACCGAUCAGAAACGCCGCAUCCUCAUGAGGAAAUCAGAAGUGCGAAUCGAAGAGAUUUCGUGACUUUACUUUUUUUUUUUUUACUUUUUGCUGCCGCGGCUCGAUUGCUCAAGCAGUCCACGAUGAAGAUGAUCGCUGUAUUUACUGUAUGUAUGUCGGCGGUGGUUUUGGCGUCGGCUCAGGCUGACCAGAAGGCAAAGAACUGCAAUGAAGUCAGAACUGCUUACAGUUCGAAGGGUUUCAACGUCAACGAUGUUCCCAACAAAGGAGUUCAUGGAAAUCAUCUGAAGGUGUGUCCUCAAGGUUUCUCCUGCUGUACUCUGGAGAUGGAGGAGAAACUGAGUCAGCAGAGCCGCACGGACGUGAAAGCCCCCGUUCAUCAGCUCAGCUCCAACCUGCAGAACACCUUCACCCAGAGACACCGUCACUUUGACCAGUUCUUCAGAGAGCUGUUGAGCAAUGCAGAGAAAUCUCUCAAUGACAUGUUCGUGCGGACCUACGGCUUGAUGUAUGUGAAGAACGCCGAGCUCUUCGAGCAUUUCUUCAGUGAGCUACGCCACUACUACAGCCAUGGGAGCAGCGCCGUCAACCUGGACGACAUGCUAGCGGACUUCUGGACGGAGCUUCUGGAGCGCAUGUUCCGACUGGUCAAUGUGCAAUAUGAGUUCAGCGACUCGUACAUGGAGUGUGUCAGUAGGCACACGGAGCAGCUCAAACCCUUUGGCGAUGUUCCACGCAAGCUGCGCCUGCAGUUGACCCGGUCCUUCAUCGCAGUUCGCACGUUCACCCACGGCCUGGUGCUCAUGCCUGAGGUAGUGGGCAAAGUCUCCACGGUUAGUGCCUCCCAGAGUUGUGUGCGUGCGGCUAUGAAGAUGUUAUACUGCCCGUACUGUACCGGCCAGGUGGCGCUGAAGCCCUGCAAGAACUACUGUCUCAACGUCAUGCGAGGCUGCCUGGCCAAUCAGGCCGAUCUGGACACAGAGUGGAAUAACUUCCUUGAUGCCAUGUUGGGUCUCGCUGAGAGGCUGGAGGGACCCUUUAACUUUGAGUCUGUCAUGGAUCCCAUAGACGUGAAGAUCUCAGACGCCAUCAUGAACAUGCAAGAGAACAGCAUACAGGUCUCACAGAAGGCGUUUCAGGGAUGUGGGCAGCCCAAGCCCAACAUGGCAUUCCGCACCCGGCGCUCUCCUAAAGACUCAGGCUUCCCCGGGCGUUUCCGACCCUACAGCCCUGAUGCCAGACCCACCACUGCUGCUGGCACCAGCCUGGACCGACUGUUGACAGAUGUCAAGAAGAAACUGAAGCACGCCAAAAAGUUCUGGUCCACCCUGCCGGACACUGUGUGUGUUGGAGAACGGAUUGCCAUCGGUGAUGAAUGCUGGAAUGGUACAGCCAAAAGCAGGUACGAAUCUGUCGUCAUAGGCAAUGGCUUAGCCAAUCAGGUGUCUAAUCCAGAUGUGGAAGUUGACAUCACUAAACCAGACAUGGUGAUUCGGCGGCAGAUAGCAGUGCUGAAGGAAAUGACCAGCCGGCUUAAGGCUGCUUACACUGGCACCGACAUCUCAUUUGUCAAUGAGGAUGCCGGCAGUGGAGAGGAAAGCGGAAGUGGCUGUGACUCGCCCCCUUGCGACAGUGACGGGGACAUCUACUUCUCCACCCCAGCACCCGCUAAACCUCGCAUUAUCAAGAUUCAACCUGACAAACAGCCCUCUAGUGGUACACGGUUGGCACCUUUCAGCCUGGCGCUGGCUGUGAUGGCACUCCUGCUCGCCCUGCUCACCCCACACACGAGAUAAGACCGGCCAAGAGAGGAACAGGAUGUGUGUUUGUACGAAUUUGAACAAGAGAGCAGAAAACUGCCAUAGGACA